GUGUGGCAGUCUGAUUUGUCUGUAAUGAAAUUUUGUUCUGAAGUUGUCAGGUCAGUAAACUUGCAGUGUUCGAAAUUAACCAUAGACCGAGUCUGUGUCAAAUGACACCGGUCUAUGCCAAUUGUAAAUGGGAUAGACCAAAUUGUCUAUGCCGAUUUUCUAGAUUUAAAUCAAAAAAGUUAUCCCAAAAGUCAUGUCUGAUAAACGUUAUGAGGAAAGGAGGACAUUGUUAUCAAAAUGGUUUUAGAAAAUAUGCUAACUAAGUACAUUAGAAGUAAAUAAUAAUAUUUAAAUUUGUGUUAUUUUUGUUUCAAUGUUGCAGUCUAUGAAAUUCGAUGAAGUAUGUCAUCUUGUUUUGGCAUAGACCCGUGGUCUAUACCAAGUUUUAAACCAAUUUCAAAUACUGUAAAGUGGACAUUAUACAGUUUGUCAAAUAUGUCCUUGUGUUCACUUCAGUUUUGUAUUUUUCCAAGGUCCUAAAGUGGUUCUGAAAAAAGAACCAUUCUCAUUUGGAAAAUAAUCAAAAAUUUCCCUAUUGUCUAGAAAUUUCCAAUUUUGAGACAAUGUAAGGAAUAUAAUUUCUCAAAUGAUUACCUAUUUAUUAUCAAAAUACAGAACAAAUCCUCUAAAAACAAAAACCUCCAGUGAAAGUAUGUCAAUCUAAAAAAAACUUUAGUCUUAACAUUAUCAAUCUAAAAAGAUUUAGACCCUGUCCCAAAAACUAGUGACAUGUGUCCCUGUUGUCAUUUGCCUAGCACUAACUUUGUUUCCCUGUCUUAGACAGUGUCUGUGAAGUUCAAUGGAUUUCCAUAGGAACAUUCUUCCAAAUUUCCAUUAAAUGUUGCUCUGUCUCCAACUUCUAUCUCAAAUACUGCAGUGCAGAUAGAUAAUAAAAGUUGGCCAUUUGUCACAACCACAAUGAAAUUUAUCAAGUGCUUCUGGUUUUGCCUGCGAAGUGUAGUGACACUAGGGGAUUACUGUCCAUCUGUUGCACCAAAGAUCUGUGUUAAAAUUUAGCAUGUGUAUUCCAUGUGUGAUUACUGAAUGUCAUUUAAUGUAAACUACAUAUAUAAUUAACAUUGAGAAUGCAGUUAAUGCAUGUCUUAUAAUACUUAGAAUUUUUUAAAGUGCAACUUAAAGUACACCUUCAAUGUAAGCUACAUGUAACAAGCCUAUUCUUGUCUUGAUAUCUUACUUGGUCAGUAAACGUUAAUUCUAGCUUAAAUGAUUUCAUUGGUAAAUUUAUGAAAUGGCUAUUUGAUUCUUGCACAGCAAUGUAGUGAGUAAUUUUCAGAGCUGAACAUGGCGAGGGACAAACUUGUAGCAUAAUAAAUUUUGCUGUUGGCAGUAUCAUAUGAAAGAUAUAUCAUCAAAAUUUGCACUUAUUUUACCAUCUUGAAAUUUGUCCUUUUAAUUCACUUUUCUGGGACCUUCAGUGUGUAAUUUUAGUUCAAACAGUUUCAGAAUUUGUCCUCGUUUUCCCAUUUAUCAAAAAAAAAAAAACCCAGACAACCUGGCCACAUGUCCUAAGGUGUGGAAAAGAUUUUAAUGUUUAUACUUUAUGUAGAUAAUGGAAUUUGAAAGAAUGAACUUCACAUAGUCCUUGAUAAACUUAUGUCAGUUACCUUUCGGACCUUUGAAAGCAUUUUUUGUUCCAUUUUAGAAAUUGUUUAAUGAUAAUCACAUGCAGGGUUCUCUUUAAGAGCUGACAACUGGCGAUUUCUUGUCCUCUACUUGUGGCAAAUUCACUGCAUACUUUCAAUAAGUCAUUAAAAACUUUUUAUUGAUAAGAGACCUUCUUUCAUUAAAUGGAUUCAUUUUCAAGCAUGAAGGCAAUCUGACUAAAGUACAGACCUGUAUGAUAUAUAUAGGUCUGUACUUAUCAGAUUGAGCAUGAAGAUUUUCUUUUGUUUUUGUUUAUUUGCUGUUUCUUUCAGUCUUUGAAAUUAGUCACUAACCCUGCAAGUGUGCGUGAUUAUGACGAAAAUUGCAAGUAUUCCCCAGAGGUAUAUGUAAUCUGUCGUAAAGCAUGCAUGUGAAUAAAGUACUUGCACUCCGAGGGCACUUGAGACUGAGUCACAUGUACAUUUCUAUAUCAUAUGGAUUCUAAAAGUUGCACACGGAUUACAAUAGGCCGUGAUGUGUACUUGGAUUUCAUGCCUUGUGAUCAAAAGCCUUGGAUGUGCUGAUUUUGUGUGAAAAAUGCCACAGGCAUCCAUAAAUUAAUCUGGAAAACAAAUUGAAAAGUUGAUUGCGAGACAAGCUGAAAACGGUGACUUUGUAAGCUGACCAUUGCACUACCACACCAUGGCCCGGUAUUCUGGGAAAACAUGUCGCCUGCUGACCAUGUUGUCUAUGACAGCCUCAUUCUUCCUGGUGGAGAUUAUUGUAGGGUACAUCACUAACUCCAUUGCUCUUGUGGCCGAUUCCUUUCACAUGCUGUCUGAUGUUGUGGCUCUCAUUGUAGGCUUUGCAUCUGUUAGGAUAUCAAAAUGGCAAACGGAGAAAAAUACAUUUGGGUGGAUCCGAGCAGAAGUUCUGGGAGCGUUGGUAAAUGCCGUCUUCCUUGUGGCUCUCUGUUUUUCCAUUAUGGUAGAAGCUCUCAAGCGAUUGGUUGAAUUUGAAGAAGUGAACAAUCCCAAACUGCUUCUAAUUGUGGGCGGAGCUGGACUUGCCGUCAAUGUUGUAGGAUUGUUUCUGUUUCAUGAUCAUGGUCAUAGUCAUGGAGGGUCAGGCGGUCAUGGUCACAGUCAUGGAGGGUCAAGCGGUCAUGGUCACAGUCAUGGGGAUGAGACAGAGAAAAUGGAGUGCAGUGAAGAAAGUAAGAACUUGGUUGAGAUGACAUCAGAAGAAACCAUGACAACAGAAAUAGUAACAAAAAACGGAUCCGUCAAGCUGGAAAUCGACAACCCCAAAGUUGAAAUUGAGCAAAUCCAAAGGAAGCCGACCUCCAGUUCUCAACUGAACAUGCGGGGGGUAUUUCUGCACGUUCUGGGAGAUGCCCUGGGGUCAGUUAUAGUCAUCAUCAGUGCCUUGAUCAUCUGGCUGUGUGAGGGGGACUGGAGAUUUUAUGUAGACCCAGCCAUGAGUAUCAUGAUGGUCAUCAUCAUUCUAGGAACAACUCUCCCACUUUUGAAAGAGUCCGGUUUUAUUCUACUACAGACUGUUCCAUCUCAUAUAAAUCUUGAUGGUAUUAAAGGAAAAUUAGAAAAGGUUAAAGGAGUGUUAGCUGUUCAUGAGUUUCAUGUAUGGCAGCUAGCUGGCAGUCGGAUCAUAGCCUCUGCCCAUAUAACAUGUAAAGAUUUACACGAUUACUUCACUAUAUCGGAGACUGUGAAAGAGAUUUUUCAUAAUGAAGGGAUCCAUUCCACCACCAUACAGCCAGAGUUUUUACAAAAUCCCCUUGAAAAUGGCAUUGAGAGACAGAUGUCCGAGAGGGACUGUAUUCUAGAAUGUGGACCAGACAAAAAUUGCUACACAGAUACAUGCUGUGGGCAGAAAAGACAGGACUCCAAAAAGAGUAGAAAUGGUGAUUGUCCCAGUCGUGAAGGAAGUGUCAAGGGAAUCAAAAGGUGCAAGUCGGAGCCAAGAACAGCAGUUUUGGAGGAAGUCUAGUGCUAAAUUACAUACUCAAGUUUUUCUUCAUUGUGAAGUCAAAUCGGGGAUAAUUCUGCAAUUUUAAACAAACAACAACAAAAAAUAACCAGACGUGUGAUGAGUUAUUUUACAUGAUUAUUGUAUGAUAUUUUUUACACACUAUAUUGGUGCAAUAAUGUCUUUUAGCAUGUUUUUUUUUAAACUGUUAAUAUUGGGCUUUGACAUUCGUCUUGCUUGUGAAAUAAAUAUUGACCUGGUUAAUUACCACACAGAUGGUUAUCCAUCAUGAAUGCAAUAGACAUAAUGUUGCGUCGUCAACUGCAACUGUGUGCAUCUUUGUUGUAGUUUUGUGGCCCUGUUAGUGAUAGCUCUUACGAUCUGAUUACAAGUAAUGAACAUGUACAGUGUGUAUUGCAGUGAAGGGCGAAAGAGACUACAAAUUUUUAUUGUCAGUAGUUCAUACUGCAUAUCAAGUUUCAUCUCAUGAUUGACACAAAAAGAAAUCCAUGUAACAUCGCUUUAAUGUUCAUUUUGAUGAUAUUUCUGAUGAGGUUGUUUUCAUUUGUCUUAUUUCUCUUUUUACACAGUAUUUGUUGCCAGCAAUCUUCUGGUAAAAUGAUGAACAAAUAAGAGUUUUCGGUGUUUUCAAGCUCAAUAUUGACAAAUACUUUUGAUCAAUUCUUUAAUGAUACAUAACUUUGUCACAUACUGUAAAUUCCAUGCAUACAGUUAGAAGUGGAGAGAAUACUUUGUUAGCAUAAAGUACGGGUAAUCAUGGGUAUGUUACAAAGAAAUCCCAUGUUAACAGUUUAUGUGUGUGUACUGAAAAUGCUUAUAUUUGUUGUAUUUGACCCCGUUUAUUAUGUACAGUUCAUGGUGGAUACAAAAGAAUCUAAAAAUCCUGUCUGGAUGUAAGCACAAAUUGUCAAAACUUUCUACUUGUAAAACUUUUACAUGACUUCAAAGUUAAGGGCAAUGACUGCAGGCAACAUUUUUCCUUGAAUCACUCUAGUUGGUAGAAUAGAAUCAUAUUUAUAUGACACAAAGAAAUUAUGAAAGGAAAAGUUUCAGGUACAAAUGUACAUUCAUUUUACACUUGAUGUUGAAAUAUAAGACCAACUGCCAAAAUUCACGAAGUAAAGUAUUGUUUUUGCAAGGUUUCAAGGUAUUUGGCAUUACAAUUCUAAUAAAUUGUUAUUAUGACUGGCAAAUCAGAAUUAGGUACUGGUAUAUCAAUUGUAUUAUAUAUAUGUUCAGGGUUUUAACCUUGACAAAAAAUGGAUUGUUUCUUGUAUAUUUUUAUUCGUAAUUAUAUUUCUGUACUUUUAUUUAAAAAUAAGAUACAUUAUUGAUGUAUGUUUAUAUAUUUGAAAUUCCAUAUGUAUCGUAAUGUUUUGGUUAAAAGAUGCUAUUUAAACUUGUGAACGAUAAAAAGACACAAACCAACGUCAAA